AUGAUUACUCAUAAAAACAUCUUGAUAUGUAUUUAUUGCUUGAAUUUAUUUAGAAUUUCUAAACAUAUACUUUGUUUAACCAUUUGAUGAUGUAAUUACAGCUUAUCAAAUGGAAAAAACUCAAAUUAUAAAUCAUUACCCAACUCUCAAGUCUUUAUCAAAAGUGUAUUGGGAUAAAGGAUUAAAAGGACACUAUGCCGGUUGGUAGCAGCCUUAUCUACUCCAGAAUGGAUUAUUAGGAAAGAUUACAUGA